GGGUGGAGGAGCGGAACCUGCCCGCCUGCCUGCCCGUGCAUGCCCCCAGCGUGGGGGUGGCGGGUCCCAGCAGCCGCCGGAGGUGCCGAUGGAGCCGCGGUGGCAGUACCAGUUCCGGGUGAUCAUGCUGGGGGACUCAACGGUGGGCAAGUCCUCGCUGCUGCGGUGCUACACCGAGGGCGUCUUCCUGGACGCCGUCAACCAGACGGUGGGGGUGGAUUUCUACGUUCAGUUCGUGGAGCUGGAGCCGAGGCUGCGGGUGAAGCUGCAGUUCUGGGACACGGCCGGGCAGGAGCGGUUCAGGUCUGUGACUCGCUCCUACUACCGCAACUCAGCCGGGGGGAUGCUGCUCUUCGACCUCACCAACCGCGCGUCCUUUGAGAGCGUCCGGCAGUGGCACCGGGAGGUGACAGACACGGUCCAGCCCUUCAGCAUCAUCUUCUUGCUGGUGGGGCACAAGAGUGACCUGGCAGGGCAGCGACGGGUGGGCAGGAAGGAGGCAGAGAAGCUGGCAGCCUCGCUGGGGAUCCAGUACAUUGAGACCUCGGCCAAGGACGCCAGCAACGUGGUCCAGGCCUUCCAGAUGCUGACGGUGGCCAUCUACCAGGCGCUGCUGACGGGGCGGCUGGCUCCCACCGAGGCGUGGGCCGGGGUGAAGAGCAGCGUCCCGCUGCCGGUGCCGCUCAAGGCUCGGGUGUCGGAGAAGGAAGAGAAGCGGCAGAGAUGCUCGUGCUAGAGAG